AUGAGACCUAGACUUCGUUCAAAAACACAGUUCACUGGUCUAAAAUCUGAGGGGCGAUUACGUUUGAAGGACACUGACAAGGCCAAUGCUUCCGCUGCUGAGUUUCAGAAAUCGUUUUCAAAUGAUGAUGAUAGACUGCCGCCAUUUGCACCGCCAUCAACUAUUUACGCAAUGGAUACGUUCCCUUACUUUGAUCCCAAGGGCAUCUAUGAUACCUUGAUCUAUGAUACCUUGGUCGAAUGUUCUGCUCAUCUAUGA